CCCGCCCACGUGAGCAGUCCGCUGUCAUUCCCUGUAUGUAUCCCCUGUCUGCCCCGCCCCCAGGAUCUGUCCGCUGUCAUGCAGUGUAUGUGCCGCUCUCUUCUCAAGCCCUCCGCCGGCCUCCUCCGGUUCAGGCGCUCCGUGUCCGGCUCUGAUCUCUCCCAGGCUCGGCGCUCAAUGUCCGGCUCUGUAGAGUUGCGGGUGUCCCCGGAGCGCUGCCUGUUCGAUGAUCCUCUCCGGUUGGAGGUGAUCGGGCUGAUCCCCGGGCAGGAGGUGUCUGUCCGCACCGAGCUGACCGAUGAAGGCGGGGAAUCGUUCACUUCCCUGGGCCGGUACCGAGCCGGGAGCGGAGGGGAGCUGGAUCUGAGCCGGAGCCCGGCGCUGGAGGGCGGCACGUUCUCCGGAGUAGAAGCGGAGGGGCCCCUGUGGGCUCUGGAGCCCCGGAAUGGUUUGAGGAGGUUUGUGAAGAAGGACGUGCGGAUCCCCCUGACUGUCCGCUUCUCCCUCCACCAGGAGCCGGCCGGAGAUGUGCUCAGCACUGCCGUCCAGGAGAGGAGCUUCCUGGGGGAAGGAGUCCGCAGGAUCCCGGUGAGGGAGGGCAGAGUGCGGGCCACUCUCUUCAUACCGCCUGGACCCGGACCAUUUCCCGGAGUGAUCGAAAUUCAAGGGACAGGCGGUGGACUCCUGGAAUAUAAAGCAAGCCUAUUAGCCAAUAGAGGGUUUGCCACGAUGGCAUUGGCGUACUACAACUAUGAAGAUCUCCCAAAGCAAAUUAAAGAUUUUCGCUUGGAGUACUUUGAAGAAGCGGUGAAUUACAUGCUGCAGCAUCCUAAGGUUAAAGGUCCAGGAAUAGGUCUUCUUGGUCAUUCUAAAGGUGGAGAUUUGGUGCUUUCUAUGGCUUCCUUUCUUAAAGGUAUAACUGCAGCAGCUGUUGUAAAUGGAUCUGUGGCCAAUGUUGGGGCAGACCUUCACUACAAAGACAUCACAUUGCCUGCCAUUGGCUUUGACCGACAAAAGAUUAAAUUCCCACAGCCAGGAUUUGGAGAUAUCAGGGACAUUAUGUACAAUCCACUAGAAGAACCGAAUCGUCGGAGCCUUAUUCCUGUUGGUAAAGCAGAUUGCAAGUUUCUCUUUAUCGUGGGAGAAGACGACCGGAACUGGAAAAGCGACUUUCAUGCCCAGACAGCCUGCAAUCUUUUGGAAGAGCACGGGAAAGAAAAGCCAGAGGUUGUGUACUAUCCUAAAGCUGGACAUUAUAUUGAACCACCUUAUUUCUCACUAUGUAAAGCCUCAAUGCAUAAGAUUGUUGGUCUUGUAUGUGUUUGGGGAGGGGAGCCAAAAGCACACAGUGUUGCACAAGUGGAUUCCUGGCAGAGAAUUCAGGCUUUCUUCCGAAAACACUUAGAUCGUGAAAGCCCCUCAAGCAAACUAUGAAGAUAUUGUAGGAAUGAUAUCAUAAUACUAUUGUUGUGGAUAUUGUAUUCUGACAGCCGUAUGUGCCUAAUUAAUGUAAACUACAGUAGUCCGGGUCUUAUAUUAAUUUUGGCAAUAAAAGACACAGUAGGGCUUAUUUUCAGGGUAGGUCUUACCAUGUAAUGUGC